AUGAGGUUCUUCAUCUUUACCUGCCUUCUGGCUGUUGCUCUGGCAAAGCAUGAGAUGAAACAUCUCUCCUCCAGUGAGGAAUCUGCCCAAGUAUUUCCUGAAAAAAUUGAGCUGACUGAUGAGGAAAAGGUCUACCUAAAACAACUGAAAAAGAUCAACCAAUUUUACCAGGAGUUGAAACUUCCCCAGUAUUGCCAGGCUUAUGCUCAACAUCAGAUAGUCAUGAACCCAUGGAAUUACAUGAAGACAAAGGCCUUCCGUCUUACUCCUGUUCUGGAAUCUGCCAGCAUCUCUCAGGAAGAAACCCUAAAGAAGAUUACUGAUAGGGAUACUCCUAGCAGCUCAUCUAGUGAGGUAAAAAUUAACCAGGUUUACCGGAAGUUCGCCUUCCUCCAGUAUCCCCAGCCUCUUCAUCCACAGCAGAUAGCUAUGAACCCUUGGCGUAACAUUAAGUUCAUGUUGGAUAUGCCAGAUCUAGAUUAUGGUACAUUUAACUGUGUUUAUGAUUAA